AUGUCCGAAUCUGAGGGUAAUUCUUUUAACGAAAACGAAGAGGAUCAGGUGGUCGGGCUUGUCGAGUAUAUCAACGAUCAAAAUGCUGAGAUCGAACAGGCCAAUCUGAUACUCGAGGCGUCUGAAAGCGAUAGUUGCACUUAUUCUUUGGGAUAUAUGAAUCGACAAGCGUUAUAUGCUUGUCUAACUUGCACUGAAAAAGACAAGUUGCCUGGUGCAAUAUGUUUGCCUUGUAUGUACCAAUGUCACGAAGACCAUGAUUUAGUUGAGUUAUGGACAAAAAGGAAUUAUCGAUGUGACUGUGGAAGUGAUAAGUUAACAUCAGAAUGUCAAUUGGAACCGUCAAAACCUGAAGCAAAUGACCGUAACAUUUACAAUCAAAAUUUUAAGGGUUUAUAUUGCAUUUGUCAACGUCCAUACCCUGAUCCUGAAAAUACUGAUGAGAUGAUACAAUGCAUUGUUUGUGAAGAUUGGUUUCAUAGCAAGCAUUUGGGCACAAAAGAUAUGAAUCCAGAUGAUUAUUCUGAAAUGAUAUGUUCUGGCUGUACAUCAAAAUUAAGUUUCUUACCAGCUUACAAUCAUUUAAUUGUAACUGACGAUUCUGUACAGAAUAUUGAAAAAGGUGAUGAAUCUGAGGAUGUAGAUGUUGUAGAUACAAUCAAGGAUUCUCAAGAUAAUGCUGAAAAUGGUUUAAACGUUGCACCCAAGGACAAAAUAUUUGAAAAUUCUAAAGCUGGUACUUCUAGUGGGGAAAAUUGUAAAUUGAUGGAUGUAAAAGAUCCAAAAAAAAUUAUUGGAAGUUCUUUCUGGGUAGAAGGUUGGCGACAGCAACUUUGCACAUGUUCUUCUUGUAUUGAAUUAUAUAAGAAAGAAGGUGUUCCAUUUAUUACCGAUCAACAAGAUACAUUACAAGCAUAUGAAAACAAAAGUCGUGAAAGAAUGAUGGCUAAGGAAAAACAAAGUGAAGAUGGUCUUUCAAAAGCCUUAUCAUCAAUGGAUAGAGUGGCAGCAGUGGAAUUAGCUCAUCAAUAUAAUCAAUUCAAAGAAGAACUAGGAGAGUGGCUGGGUAGUUUUAAAGGUGAUAAAGUAGUUAAAGUGGAAGAUGUGCAAGAAUUUUUUUCUAGUAUGCAAGCGAGGAAACGUGCUAGAAUGGAUGAUGGAAUUCCUCCAAGUUUCUGUCGUUAAUUUAGUGUAUAAAACACAUUUAUAAUCAUAGUUUUAAAUAUUUAUAAAUAAGCUAAUAUUUAAGUAUUUCCUAGUAUUGUACU